AUGUUCCAGCUUGAUAAUACCAAAGUACAAUCCGAUCGAAUGCGGACUAGCUUAGACUGCUUCUCUUCUACACCGCCGAGCCCACCAAUGUCAUCUGACCACAUCUUCGGUACAUCUCCGAAUGCCUCAGGUGUUUUACGGUCGCCUUUCGGAGAGGACUCGCCCGGUUUAAUCGAGGUUUCUCCCUUUACUGUGUCGGAUUUGCUCCAAACAGAAGGUGGCAUUAAGGGACCUUGCAAUGAUAUGAAUGGCGUUUCUGACUCCGGAGAGAGUUCUACCUGCGUUUCAGCGACAAGUACCACAUUUAACGGCGUUCCUAUGAAAAUAUUAGCCACUCCUCUCAAAGCAGACAGACAGCCCAGUACUGAAGGCAUUGUAUGUGCGGUUAUGGCUGGUGUCGACUCUGUUGACUCCACAAAACCCGCGAACGAGCAGUCGACAAAUACCCCUACAGAUUCUGUAUCCGCAGCAUCCGAGGACGCAUCGCUGACAGCUCCUGAUGAGCAUCACCAGCUUACUGUAGAACCAAAUGGCUCUUCGUCGAGUAACGAGGAGCUCUCUAACAAGAGCCAUGAACUCGGAAAUGAAAACGGUGCUCAAAAGAGAACGCGCAAUCCGGACGAUUCACUUCAAGCUCCGGCACCUAAGCGAAUGACUCUUGCUGCUCAGAAAAAGCAACACCAGAAGCUCUCAACGCCAUUCCGAUCUCCACUAGUAGCAAGACCGAAGUCUGGAAACACAAACACACCUAAUUGCAAUGGUCCUACUAUGAGCCAACCAUCUCCAUUGUCAUCUGCUGUACGGCAAGACGGAGACGAGGAUAAGCCAUCGACUCCCCUGAAGAAUAAUGCUCGCGCCUUUCCUGCGUCCAGUUCACGACCGCAUACACCAGUAUCAGCUGCAUCGAGAAGUAUUGCCAGUACCGCGAAGGCCAAGUCCCAAUUCAAGUCCCCGCUUAUGUCGUCCCCCACCGCAAAAGUAGCUCGGCACAUCAAUAACUCGCGCGUCAUUCAAGAUAUGGAACGGCAGGUCCAACUCCUGAAGCGAGCAAUUAAAAUCAAGCAGGACAAUGACGAAGAAAAGCUAGAGCAACUGGUAAAGAAAUGGAGAACGGCUGGUCGUGAGGCUGCUUGGGAUUUAUGGCAGCUUGUCCGAGAUAAUGAUGAGUCUUCCAACGCGCCAUAUCCUGGAACGAACUCAAAGUCGGCUGGGGGAGCAUUUUCGGAGAGCUGGGGAUGGGCAGGGCCAUCCGGUACCGGAACUGGGAACGAUAACUGGGGAUGGGACGAAUCACCGAAGGAGACGUGUCAAAACGACGAUCAUGACGAGGAAUUAGAAUCGCCUUCGAAGCUCGAAAACGAGUUGUAUGGUUCACUUCGCAAAAAGGCGACGGUCCCUCGUACUUCAAUGUUGCCACCAACACCGCGAGGAGCAUACUUCGCGCAACAAGCAGCGGACACUGACAACGACACUCAUGUCGAAGCUGAAGACACUAAAGAAAAUGACUCACAGGAAGAAUCUUCUCAUACUGCACACGACUCGAAGAGCCUUGGCACAAUGCUUCAUCAACUUGGAAUUGCUCACGAGACCCUCGGUUGGGUGGAAGAAGAGGGAGACUUCGUGGACGCUUGA